UAGGGGAUAAAUUAUUUUGCAAACCACUUAUAACACGUCUUCUACAAUUUGUUUGUUUUUGCCACGAAAUAAAAUUAACACUUUGAAUAGUUUCCAUUGUAAUUAAACCAAUUAGCAAAUAAUAAUUAAUAAAAAUAUGAUGUUACUAUUUUAGUUUUUACGACUUUUUGUAGCAAAUAUUCGUAGCUAGUUUUACCAAAAAAAGUUGGCUUUGUUUUACAAAUUACAUAGACAAUUUUUUUUUAUUUAUCUAUUUUGUAAUAAAUAAAACCUACACAAAUUAUAGAAAUUCAACGUGAAACCAAAGAAUUUACAGAAUAACCAUGUCUGAGUCUGAAGAAGAAAAACAGAAAGAGGAUGAAAUCUCUGAUGAGAAGCUGGAGAAAAAAGACUUUGGGAAAAUGACAAUCGAAGAUAAGAGCACUGAAAGCAACGAAUUCUCAGAAAGCAGCGAUCUUUUUAUCUACCAAACGCAAAAACAACUUUUCGAAAUCCCUUUUCAACUAGAAAACCCCUUAACUUUCAAUGAAUCAAAGACCGAUCGAAACGGGCGACGUUCGCCGAAAAUUUCAAUCAACCAACUCGUAAUGAAUUUGGAUCCGGAGAAAAGUGUUGGUCGGGCAUUUGAUAAACUCUGGAUGGAGUCGUCGGGUCCGCCGCGCAUUUCAUUCGCCGAACUAUUGGUAAAUAUGUUUCGGAAAAACGCACGACCCAAUCUGAUUGUAAUGGUCGAGCAGAAUCAAUUCCAUUGCUAUGCGAUGGUGCUUCAAGUGCUCUCGUCCUUUUUCCGGCGUCCGAAAUUGUCCCAUUCGCAUAUCUUUCACCUGCCCAGUUCGAUGAUCAGCGCUCGAGCCUUUGUGGCCAUGUAUCGUUGGUCUCUGGAGCCGUCCAACACAUUGUCUCUGAAUCAACUGAUGGAGGUAUUUAGGGCUGCACGGUUCUUUGGUUGCCAGGAACUCAUCGACAACUGUUGGCGGGGAAUCGAUGCGGCUUCCUGUGUGCCGGAUCAGGCAGUAUGCAUAUAUAUGUGCAGCAAGGCGAUUGGAUUGCAUCUGGAGGAGGGUUUGCUAACGCGUUUGAGCAGUAUCUUUCUGCAGUUUGUCGCCAGCCAGGAGUUUUUGCUUGUGGGAGCGGAUACCGUACGAAGAUUACUGGGAUUGUCUUCACUGGCUGUGAAUACGGAAAUGGAGGUUUUCUUAGCCGGCAUCCUUUGGCUGGAUUACCAGUGGCCCCAGCGGAAAAACCAUGCAUUGGAUAUCAUGGAAGCCGUGCGCUUCCACCUGUUGCCCUUUGUGUCCCUGUUGUCUGUGAUCAAACAAUUGGAUGGUCCGCCAGUUCUCCAUUUGGUGACCGGUGCUCCGAUAAUCCGCCAGCGGGCACUCCAAGCUAUAAAAGACAUCCACAAAUCGCCAGAAAAGUUCCACAGACGGGGCGAAAAAAAUGGACGCACAUGGAUCUACGAUAGCCGGGCGCCCUAUCAUCAUGGAUUUAGUUGCCGACAGAUACAGUGCCUCGACUUUGACUCCUUUGUGCAUUAUCUACAAUGGCUUCAGACCGCCGGAUCCAAGCACUGGCUCUCCUUACGCACCAUCGACGAUCCCGAAGUAAAAUGCUGCCCAUUCCAGCAUCGCAGCUAAUCAUCGCUUAAUCUCGCAAAUAAAAUUUUAGUAACUAGCA